UGCAGGGAGCCAUGGAAGGAGGUGUCGUACGUAUUGGUGACCAGAUCAUACUGGAAGAAGAUUAUGAUGAGACAUAUGUUCCCAGUGAGCAAGAAAUCCGGGAUUUUGCGAGAGACAUCGGCAUUGACCCAGAGAAGGAGCCUGAGCUGAUGUGGCUGGCCAGGGAAGGCAUUGUGGCCCCAUUACCACCCCAGUGGAAGCCCUGCCAGGAUGUCACUGGUGAUAUCUACUAUUUCAACUUCAACAACGGCCAGUCCAUGUGGGACCACCCCUGUGAUGACUAUUACAGAGAGCUGGUUGCUCAGGAACGGAGGAAGCUGCUGGCACAUGGCAGCUUGAAAAAGAAAGAAAAGAAGAAGAAAGACAAAAAAGAUAAGAAAGACAAGAAGGAUAAACAGUCACCGAAGCAGCAUGCUCCUUCAGGCACCCUGCUAGCACCUGUGCAGGUGCCCCUGGGGAGCCUUGCUCCUCUGCGUGGCCCUGUGGCUUCUCCAGCUGGCAUCAUGCGUGGCUCACUGCACUCGGACAUGGGGAGCUCUGUGGACUCUGGUGUUGCAGACAGAGGAGAAGCUCAGAGUCUCCACAGGACAACAGGACUCUUCAAAAACCUGCACAUGGAUGUCAGUGCCCUGGGAUGCAGCUUUGAAUCUGAGGAUAACAGCAAAGCAGAGGAGAACUAUGGAGGUCACGUGGCUGAUGUCACUGAAGCUCAUCUCCAGGACCAGAGGAGUCCCAUGGAGGAAGCUGGCAGUCUGAGAGAGAAGGAGUCUUUAAAAUCAAGAUAUGCUGAAGAAGAGUCUUCCUUGGAUUCUGGUGAUGCGUGCCCUCCAACUCCAGUUAAAGCCCUUUCUGGAGAUGCUCACUGUAGGCUGUCUGACCAGAACAAAGAAGAAUCUGAUGAGAAACUCGCUGGGAAUGAAGGACUGGGUGAGAAAGCCGCUGAGGUGCAAGGUGACGUCUCUGCAGCUGAUGAGCUGCCACAGUCUCUGGAGGAAGGGAGAGCAGCAGGGACAGACGUGCCCAGCAGUCCUGGGCAACCUCGAGCUGCAUCUCCAGAUGCUGAAGCUGCUGAAGCAGAUCAGCUGGCAAGCCUGGCUGUCACCGUUGACACCGUGUCUGUUGAUGAAAAUAUAGUAAAUGAAAUGAGGGAGGAAGCAGCUGAUGUGAGAGCUGACAGCAGGCUGGAUGCUGGCAAACUUUCCAAAGUAUCUGAGAGCAGUGAAUGCAUGGAGGACUUGCAGGCUUCUAACCGCCUAGACCAGGAGCUGAUCCGGCAUGUGGACUUGGCUUUCCAGAGCCAGUUUUCUGAGCGGGUGUUGGAUGUAGAUGCUCUGUCUCCUGCUAUGGACAAGUCCCUAUGCAAGGCCCAGGAGCUGGGAGAAGAGGAAAAAGACCAAAGCAAAGCCAGUAUAGAUGAAGAGCAAAGCAAAAGAACAAAAGCUGCUGCGAGUGAGAGGGAUCAAAGUGGUUGUGAAGCAUCAGAGCAGAAGUGUGUUGCUUUAGAAAAUGCCAAUCAAGAAGAGGCUGUGGCCCUGCAGCUGGAGGAGGAAUUGCCGGAUAGCCUAAUCGAUCUGGAAGAACUUGCUGCCCUGCAAAAAGAGCAACCUGAGAAAGAAAUAAAACAAGAGCAGUCCUUGACCCAGACUAGUGAAGAAUCCCUGGAGGGAAUAGCCAAGGAGCUGGAGAACGAGGUCGAACAAGACAAAACACGCUUACUGCAAGCAAAGAAGGAGAAAAUCCAGCAAUUCCAAGAGGAAAUGAGGCUACGGGAGGAGGAAGAAACUCAGAAGCUUUAUGAGCAAAAAGAAAAAUCCCUCAGGACACUGAAAGAGGAUUUGGCAAAGGUUUGUGAGGAGGAAGAAUUACGUGUGAGAAAGGAGGAAACUGAAAGACUCUCAAGGCUACGAGCCGCCAUCACCUCUGAGACUGAGGCAGAGAAGGAGAAGAUCAGGGCAGAGCAAGAGCUGGCAUUGCAAAAACUAAGAGAAGAAUGGGAGUCUUUGCAGGUAAUGGAGAAGGAGAACAUGGAGAGGAAGAAGCUGCUUGCUUUGGAGAAAAUGAAGCUGGAAAUGGAGGAAGCUCAACAGAAAGAAACAAUCAGGCUAGAAAAAGAGAAGGAACAAUUCCUAAGGGAGCUUAAGGAGAGAUUAGAAAUGGAAAAGAAAAAGGCUGCAGAGGAGCUAGAGAAACAGUUUGCAACUGAACUCCAGCAGUUGAAAUCUGCAGCAGAAGAGAAGCAUCGAAAGGUCACUUCUAGCCUGCAAACCCAGAUAGCGGAGGCACAGAGGAGUCAGGAGGCUUGGUUGCGUGAAGACUUGCAGAGAGCAGAGGAGAAAGUGCAGCAGAAAGCAUACCAAGUAGCAGAAUAUGAACGUGAGCUCAGUGAGCUUAUGAGUGAGAAACGCCAUGAAGUGGAAAAAGACCAUGAGAGGAAAAUGGAGAGGAUGAAGGAGGAGCACCAGGAGGUCCUAGCAAGGAUUCAGGAUCAGUAUGAAGAGGAGGAAAGAAAGCAAAGAGCAGAGCUGUUUGAAGGCCUGCGAGGUGAGAUGGCACGCCUCCGACAGCUUCAUGAAGUGGAGGUGAAAACUCUGCAGGCAGAGCUGGAUGAACGUCUGGCCGCAUUGCAGCACAGGCAUGGGGAGAAGCAAAGAAGACUCCAGGAUUCAGAAAAUGAGCUUGAAAUACGUGCAAAGAACAUUAAAGCAAGAUCAAUGCAGCUCCUUAGCCAGGAGGAGUCCCUGAGAAGGAAAAAGCAGCAGCUGCUAGAUGAAGACAAACGGACUGAGCGAGAAAGAGAUGAAGCUGCUUUAACUUCUCAACUCCGUCUAGAGGAGAAUCGGAAGGAGCACGCCAACCUUCUUGAGUCCAUCUGGCAACUGCGUAAGGCUCUUGAAGAGCUCCAGGAUCAGAAAGCUGAGCUGGAGGCCCAGGUGGACUUGUUGCAGACUCGAAGCCAGAGGCUGCAGAAACGUAUCAGUGAGCUUGAGGCAGCUGUCAGGAGCAAGCAGGAGACUUUGAAAGAAUUGGAGGCAGAAGAAAGUGCGGAGUCUCCCAGAAGGAAAGCUGAGCUCCAUGUUGAAGACCUGAGAGAAACUAUUCAUGCUCAUUCAUCCAGAGAGCCUGCUUCCCCGCCUUCUCAAAGCCAUGAAGACAGCAACUUCCAAUUUGAUCAAGUCAAAAGUUACAUCUCUGCUGAAGGAAUCUCCAUCAGAAAAGCCAAGGAAUUCCUGGUGCGUCAGACCCAUUCCAUGAGGAAAAGACACACAGCACUGAAAGCUGCAAAGCAGCAGUGGCACCAAGAUGUGCAGAAAGCACAGGAGGUGGUGCAAGAUCCAGACAACUCCCAGCUCCUGGAGGGAAUGCGCAAGAACCUGGAAGAGGAAGCCAAGCAGCUGGACAAGAUGAAGUCGGCUAUGCGGAAAGGACAGGUGCUGCUGAAGAAGAAGGAAGAGAAGCUAAGCCAGCUGGAGUCCUCCCUGCUGGAGGAGCUUUCAGAUGAAGAUACACUAAAGAGUGUUGCAUGCAAGAAGAUGGUUACCUUUGAUCUCAGCAGCUCUGAGGACACAAACAGUAUAUCCAGUGCAAACAUACAUCUGCCAAAGUCUGACCUGAGAACAGAGGUACAGAUCGCCCUACAGCAGGACAAGAUCCAGUACUUGACAAACUCUGUGCAGCACAUCACCCACGAACUGAAUGGGGUCCUUGGUGUUCUGAGUUCUCUGAACACCCUUCAGCCCCCGCUCUUCACUUCAACACAGGUGCCUCUGCAGGUUCCCUGUGACAGCAUUCCUCUUUCUACGUAUUCCACCUUGGCAGGAUUGCAGACAGGUGCCUCCUCGAGGCCCACUGCUGGGGUGUCUGAAAGCAGAUGCAUUCUGAAUAUAAAGCCUGUUGAUUUUUUUGGCGAGGGGGGACCCGUAUUUUAUGUUUGUUUCCCAGGUGGGUUCCCAUCAUCCAGUGGAAGUUCUGGUCCUUCAGACAACAAGCUGGGGUAUGUACCUGCAGGUGAGCAGAUGCGCGUGUUCCAGAGCCGUGAGUCAGACAAGAUGAGUAUUCAAGGAAUGAUUGAAACCAACAAGAAAUGGCUAGAAGACUUCAAGAGUGAUUCAAGGGUCCAGCCUUUGUCCUGGGAUCUUCUGCAGUGGGUAGCAUCACACCAUGUCCUUGCUGAAGAAAUCCCAGCUGGGCUGAGCUGGGAGACCUCGUGUGACCAGCUGUCUGGGGCAAUCCCUUCUCCAUAGGAAGGGAUGGAUGGAAAUGCAGAUUUCCCGUCUGCUGUCAGAUUAUGCCAAUCCCUGUCUAUAAGGAUUUUGCUCUUGGUUUCCCAGCUACUGGUGGAACACGUGGCAGAAUCUCUGGUUAUAUUUUGGACUUCUGGCUCCCUGAAGGUGGGGGGAGGCAGUGGAUGCUGUACCCAAAGCCGUGCAGCUGAGCUCAGGCUGCAUUCUGAGAAGCAUAUAUUGGUAGUGUGGGGGAAGCGCCUGCUUUCUUAGCAAUAAUACAUUUUGAAACAUGUUUAUUCUUCCUGUUGAAACUUGUGAUCGCUGUAUCUGGUUUUGUAAGCAAAUUAAAUCAACACGAGUCUGUUUUGUA